CAUACGUAUUGAUAAGAGAAACGGUGAUAAGAGCGUCUGUCAACACCUGUUUGACAUACGCAGUACGAUUAAAAUGAUCACGAAUUCAAGUUAUUAAGUUGUAAAUGUGAAUAGAGCGUCAAAAUGUGAAUUUAAUAUAAAUAAAAUAGUGUUUGUUAAUGAAACAUUGAGGGGCGCACAUGAACAUCCCAAAGCUAAUGACGUGAGUGACAGUGGCGCCACUGCGGCAGUCGGCGCGAACUAGCGCCAGUAGACGAAUUUCGCUCGGUGGUGAUGUGAGGUCGAGCAAUUUAUUUCAAGUUUCACACGAAAAUGGCCAGCAAUAUGAAGCCAAUGCACAAAAGCAAACACUUCCCGAUAGACCAGCUCGUCUGUGUCGGCAAUUACGAGCUGGAGAAAACAAUUGGCACAGGAAAUUUCGCUGUUGUAAAACUCGCUACACACGUUAUAACUAAGAGUAAGGUAGCAAUAAAGAUAAUAGACAAAUCGCGGCUAGAUGAUGAUAAUUUAAAGAAGACUUUCAGGGAAAUUGCAAUUAUGAAGAAAUUAAGGCAUCCACACAUAGUCAGGUUAUAUCAGGUUAUGGAAAGCAGUCACACAAUAUAUUUAGUUACAGAAUAUGCGCCGAACGGUGAAAUAUUCGAUCACCUAGUAUCCCGGGGCCGCAUGUCGGAGCCCGAGGCGGCGCGGGCCUUCGCCCAGAUGGUGGCCGCGGUGGGGUACUGCCACGCAAACGGGGUCGUGCACAGAGACCUCAAGGCGGAGAACCUGCUGCUCGAUAAGAAUAUGAAUAUAAAGCUGGCAGACUUCGGCUUCAGUAAUGAGUACACAGCGGGCUCCCCCCUCGCCACGUGGUGUGGGAGCCCGCCCUACGCCGCGCCAGAACUGUUCGAGGGUCGGCAGUAUGAUGGGCCCAAGGCUGAUAUAUGGUCUCUUGGCGUGGUUCUGUACGUGUUGGUGUGCGGGGCUCUGCCCUUCGACGGCAGUACCCUACACGAGCUCAGGAAUGUAGUGCUCAGCGGGAAGUUUAGGAUACCGUACUUUAUGUCUCAAGACUGCGAGCACUUGAUCCGCCACAUGCUGAUCGUGGAGCCCGAGAAGCGCCUCUCUCUGCGGAGCGUGGCGCGACACCGCUGGCUGGCCGCGCACCAGCCCGGGCCCGGCCCCGGGGCCUACGCGGGCGCGUGGGGGGGCGCGUGUGCGUGUCACAGCGGGGGCGGGGGCGCGGGCGGGGGCGCGGGGGGCGCCGCCCAGCAGCGGACUGUGGUCACGCACAUGCUCACGCUGCCGGGACUCACGCAUCAGCAUAUAGAACAGGCUAUACAAGAAGACCGUUUCGACCACAUCUCCGCCAUAUACCAUCUGCUGAUGGACAAGCUGCAACAGCGGAGUAGCGCCAGGAACAGCCUGCAGCAUAGAGAUUCGUUAGACUCUACGACCGGCCAACCAUUGGAUCUCACUAGCUGUAAGAACGUAGAAGAAGAGCAGAUGGACGCAGAGGAUGCGAGCUGCCAGGACAGCUUGCUAACUCUGCCAUGUGAACCUGUCGACUACCUCACCGACCAACCUGAUAACCUUGAGAAGUUCGGUUCAACAAUAGCCCCUACUAUAGAAGAACCGGUCGCUCAGCCCGCGACCAGCAGUGCAGAGACACACGCAACUAGGAGACAUACAGUGGGGCCUGGGGAUUGCAGGCAUACACAGGGUGGGGAGCUGGGCGUCUGUGGGGCUGCGUCAGCUGACCUCAGGCCAUCGCCGCUGUAUGUGUCAGCGCAUUUCAAUCAACAAGCCUCCCCCAACGUGUCGAUGCUCCCCAACACGAACCUGGCCGCCAAGCUGCCUGCUGUACAGCAUCAGCCGCCGAGGUACUUCAGCGUCAAGGACCAGCACCUGCUGAAGCCGCCGCACGCCAUGCAGAGCCAGGCGACGUCUCUCGGUCGCCGCGCGUCUGACGGCGGCGCGGGCGUGGCUCGCUCCUGUACCCCCGCCGCUAUGCCUGCAUCGGAUAGUGAUGCGCCUCAACGUUCAGAGGACUCGGAACAGACGGAUGAACAGAAUACGGACUCCGCGUACAACACUAACUUGAGCAGGUACAUGUUGACGCGCGGCUGUAGCAAGCGACAUACUAUGGCAACACCGGAGGACGCGGCCAACGUCGUCACUAGCAGUACUGGGUCUAUGCAAAGUUCUUCUCCAUCAUCAACGACUAGUAUCCGCGUGAGAAGAACGGGUCUUCUCACAGUCACAGAACGUCCGCCCGUUAUUAGCCCCGAAUUAGUUAUGGAGGUAGAAGCACGCAUGAAGAGAAACUAUUUACCGCCGUCAAUGCAAUAUCAGAAUCAGAGCGGGUACCAAAGCCCCCCGACCCCAACGGGGGCCUCAAACCCCCCUCCGAGCCCCACACAGGGGUCUAUAACCGCUGGUACUCCAAAUUACCCCAGUCAAAGCCAGACUAAUCAGAAAUGUAUGAAACAAGUACUUGAAACCAUCCCCCAGGGGAGCAUAAUGGGGACCAAGGGGUCUAUAAUGUCCGGGACCCCUAUAACUAGUCAGGCAGCGUCCCCAUACACGCCCACUUUAUCCCAAUUUUCGCCCACGCAUGGGACUAUAGUGUCAAACGUCUCGUCGGGGUCCAUAACUAGUGGGACCCCUGUUAACCAACCUAGCUCCCAAAAUUACGAUUCGAAGAGUUUCGGUAACUUUGGAACGAAUAGUUUUUCUAAUAUAUCCAAUUUUGGACAAAAUUUGGGUAACUUUGGUUCUAUUAAUCAAGGGUCCUUCCAAAACACCCAAAUUCAGGGUUCCAUAACUUCUGGUACUCCAAUGAACACUGGGUACCAGUCCACCCAAGCUACUCAAUACCAGAACAGUGGUACUCAAAUGUCUAGUGGUAAUACCACACCACAAUACCAACCCACUCAGAAUAAUUACUCGAAUAAUAUGAACCAGGGGUCGAUUACAUCUGGUACGCCUAUGACCCCACAGUACUCACAAACGCAAAAUUACCCCACGCCCCAAAUCACUCAAGGAUCAAUCACAAGUGGUACUCCCAUGACCCAAAACCCAUCUUACUCAAACAACCAAAUCACUUAUAACUUAAACUCUUCUGGUACGAAUUUGUAUCAAAAUUCUUUAGAGAACUUCCAAAAUCAAUGUCCUUAUAAUGCCAACUCGAGUAACCUGCCGAGCGGAUCGAUUACCGCGGGUACACCACUACAAGUCUCGGUUUCGACUGGGUACAACACUAGGCAGAGGAAAUAUUCCGGGCCGCAGCGCGUUAAGUUGCAAAUGUUGGCUACCGUACAAGAAAUGGCCCGGGAACACGCGGAGAGGUACUCCCCGGUGCGGAGGGCGGAGUGCUCGCCUCCGAGGGUCGCGCACGACAUCGCCUCUGCCAGGCUGGAGUACCAGCAGCUACAGCGUGGCCUGGAGCGACGCAGCGUUGCCCCGGGCGCCUCCCCGCCCGCCCCCGACGUGCGGCUACACACUCCCGGGACCUCCGUACCAGGUUCCCCCAUCCACGCGAGCGCGCCGCCGCCGCUGGACCUGAACUCGGUGUCCCCCGAGGCGGCGCGCGCGGUCCUGCUGGCGGCGCGCACUCUGCUGGCGGACCCCGCCGCGCUCGACCUGCACACCUCGCUACUGCUCACACAGGACAUCGCCAUCAAGAUCGGCUUAAACCUGAACACACUCUACUCCCCGCACGUGAACAUAUCUCAAGAAAUAUUGAAGUCCAUACACUCUUACAACAACUACGCCUUACUGUCCGGCCACACCUCCCCUGCCAGCCCAGGGUCUCCUCUCCACCAGAUCACCGAAGGUCUGAGCUACCUGCACACAGGGUCCAUAACCAGAGGCACUCCCCAAUCAGUCUCACCUCUAGACCUCAGAUCCAAUAUAGAUAUGGACACAGGCCAGUACUCACAAUUACACCCUCUAGUACACUCACAAAUCCAUGUCGUAGCUCACAGAUCGUUAAAUAACUCGCCUAUUUCAAACCCUGGAUCACCUCUAGACAUGAUCCAAGAAGAAAUAGGCAACGGAAACCCAGAAAAGGCUUUUCAAGAAAUGAGGUUUGUUCCCUUCACUCCCACCCAUCCACAAAUCAGCCUUACAGACUGCCUCGGUUCCGAAAUUACAUUAGUUGCCUCAUCAUCAGAAGAUAGUAUGGACAGUCUAGAAAAUACGAAAUAUUCGUUACCGCAGUUUGUGAUAUCCGAACCUUCGGAUCUGGACGACAGGCCGUCGAUCACAAAGGGGAUAGGACGAAAAGUUAGCCAAGAAACUGAGCCAGCAGAACAUAAGGAAGUAGACUCAAAUACAGAUAAAGAUACAGAAAUGCAGUCGCCGAAGGAAAGUGUUGAUGAGACGGCUAAGUAUUUGUCUGAAGAGCUGAAAUAUCCUAGACGAGGAAGCGACAAGUCACUUGGUUUUAGCGAUGAUUCCCUCAGUAACGACUCAGCAAAUGUGUCACCGAAUUGUGAACAAAACAUACAGUCAAUCUACUCAAAUAUAGUCUCCAUAAGUUCAGGUUUCAGUGAAAACAGAGGCAGUUUCUCCGAGCAUAGGGAGUCAUUCUCAUUCUCUGAUAGAGGAAGCUUCUCAGAGAGGGGAGACUUUGGGAGAUCCUCGUUUUCAGAACGGAGUGACUUCGGUAGAGGGAGCUUCUCAGAGAAGGGCGAAACUCCACGAUCCUCCUUCUCCGCUCAGGGUACGCUGGGAGAAGUCAAAGAGUAUUACGAAGACGUGUACAUGUCUAGAGAUAACAGCAAACAUUGUUUGGAGAAAUGUGACGAAGAAACUCCUAGUGCAGAAAUUGAGAAGUUACAACGGUCCACAAUGGAUUUGCGUCUGACGGAAAUAUGUAGGCCUGAGGAACAGAAGAUCCCUAUCCUGCUCAGCCCUCAGAAGGUUUCCUGCGUCCAAGAGUAUUAUGAAGUUACAUUAUCAACGUCAUGCUCAAAACUUGACUCGCAACGAAUAGUGGAGCUAUUAAAAGAAGCCAUCAACACAAGGGUUCCGCCGCAAAAUAUAUUCGUCGAAACCGAUCAGAAGGACGGCGACGGAACCCUAACAGGGUAUCUAAAUCUAGAAUAUUCUGGAGGGAUCCAGAUUGAGCUAGUACUAUGCGAGAAUAAGGCUAUGGAGAAGAAAGGGCUGAAAAUGAGACGGAUAUCCGGCGACCAGAGAGAAUACGGGAAGCUAUGCGAACAGCUGAUCACGAGCUUGACAGUAUAAACGUCAGAGAGCUGUCAACUUUGACAGCUAACGUCAUAGUGACGUUUGAAGUGUGAUUGACAGCUGUCAGGGUUUCGUUGCUUUGUGGUUCGCUUUUCGUAAUGUUGGCGUGCCAUGUAUUAAAGAUAUUCUGUUUAGAUAAACUGCUUUCUUUGCAAUUAAUAAUUAUUGUUAAAUGUUUGCCACAUACUUUCGGGAUUUGAAAAGGACACAGCCGUGAAUAUUACAACGCUAUUUGACUUGUUGUGCUCAAGUGUCUACCUGUCUUUACACCUUAAAGUGUCUUAGACAGAAUGAAACUUAAAUUUUUGUAAAAGAAGCAGUUUUCUAAAUAAAAUAUCUUUUAUAUUCUUUAUCUUUUGAAAAGAUAAAACCAUGGUAUAUUGCAUUUAACUACGCCGUUUCAUUCCUAUAUUGUGAACAUUCUGUCCAUAAUGCAUAUCAAAAUUGUGAAAAGAUAGACAAAGAUAGCUUCGCUCGAAAAGAGAUAAAAAAAUUACAAUCAUUCCAAUAUUCCGGCAUUUUUCGUAAAAUUGAAGUUUUUUUUUUUUUGCCCACUGCUGGGCAAACCGAUUCCAAAAUUACUAUCGAGCGAAGUUGAUAUAUUAGUGAUAAUUGUGCAAUAUUAGGUACGGAACAAAUUAUGUACAGUUAGCAAAGAAAAACUUUCAUUAAAAUAAGAUUUUUUCAGAUCGAAAUUAAUAUAGAAGAAGAAAAUUAACUCUUUAUUAAGAAAAAUAUAAUGCGAACAAAAAUAUUAUUCUAACCGACUUCAGAAAAGACUUCAGUUUUCAUUCAACUUCAAGACAAAA